AUGUUAAAUCGAAAAAGCAAAGAACCUUCUGAAAAGGGUAAAGAACAUGUGGUUACUUCUCCCACUACUACCGCUUCUGUGGCUGCUGAUGUGGCCGGUUGUUCCAAUGACCCCGCAAAGGCUCCCUCAAUUCUGUCAAACCACAACAACAAUGUCACUACAUCAAAAAAUGACCCAAACCAGCAUUCUCAAAAUUCUUCUCCUGUACCAAUGGAUAAAUCCUCCUCACCUUUGCCUCUGUCAAAAACAACUGUCACCAACCCUUUUGAAGUCCUAGCUAAUCCAGCUUCUCAUACUAUCCCACAUCCUCCACCUUCCUCCACAAUUUCAGCUAACCCUCAACCUACCCCCUCCCCUAACCCUUCUACUGUGUCCACAUCCCUAUUGGAACCUUCAAACAUUACUCAUUCUCUUCCCGUGGUGUCUCCUCCCUCCAUGGGAGAGACUCCUCACCGCUCCUAA